AUGAGCAGCGCCGCUGACACCGACGGCACCACGGGCUUGGACGCGGGCGGGGGGAGGCGGCAGAGGUUAGAGGAGGCGGAUGAUAAACUGCCCUCACCCAUCUGCUCUCACCCAUCUGCUCUCACCCAUCUGCUCUCACCCAUCUGGUCUCACCCAUCUGCUCUCACCCAUCUGCUCUCACCCAUCUGCUCUCACCCAUCUGCUCUCACCCAUCUGCUCUCACCCAUCUGCUCACCCAUCUGGUCUCACCCAUCUGCUCUCACCCAUCUGCUCUCACCCAUCUGCUCUCACCCAUCUGCUCUCACCCAUCUGCUCUCACCCAUCUGCUCUCACCCAUCUGCUCUCACCCAUCUGCUCUCACCCAUCUGCUCUCACCCAUCUGCUCUCACCCAUCUGCUCUCACCCAUUGGUCUCACCCAUCUGCUCUCACCCAUCUGCUCUCACCCAUCUGGUCUCACCCAUCUGCUCUCACCCAUCUGCUCUCACCCAUCUGCUCUCACCCAUCUGCUCUCACCCAUCUGGUCUCACCCAUCUGCUCUCACCCAUCUGGUCUCACCCAUCUGCUCUCACCCAUCUGCUCUCACCCAUCUGCUCUCACCCAUCUGCUCUCACCCAUCUGCUCUCACCCAUCUGCUCUCACCCAUCUGCUCUCACCCAUCUGCUCUCACCCAUCUGCUCUCACCCAUCUGCUCUCACCCAUCUGCUCUCACCCAUCUGCUCUCACCCAUCUGCUCUCACCCAUCUGCUCUCACCCAUCUGCUCUCACCCAUCUGCUCUCACCCAUCUGCUCUCACCCAUCUGCUCUCACCCAUCUGCUCUCACCCAUCUGCUCUCACCCAUCUGCUCUCACCCAUCUGCUCUCACCCAUCUGCUCUCACCCAUCUGCUCUCACCCAUCUGCUCUCACCCAUCUGCCCUCACCCAUCUGCUCUCACCCAUCUGCCCUCACCCAUCUGCCCUCACCCAUCUGCCGAUGUAG